AUGGUAAAUUAUUUGGAGCGUGCUCGGGCCUUAGCUGAAUGCUCAUCCCCUCAAUCUGAUAAUGUUUCACCUUUGCAAACAACUAGACCUGACAAGCUUUCGAAGGUACUACAUCUUGUAGCUGAUCGACAACUGAGAAGCUCAUUUCGAUAUCAACGGGUGGAAGAUUCAGUUCAUCAAAAUAAUCACUAUUUGAAAUCAAAUAAUAACUUUAUCAACUCAACUCCUCAGUCACUGCAGCACCGCUGUUGUUGCGGUCUCAUGCAUGCUGUGACUGGUACCAUGAUAUUUCUUUCAAUUUAUGUGGCCUUAUCGGUUAUUACUUUUGUUGCCGUGAAUUCAGCGAUACUGUGGUCGGUAGUACCGUUCGUGAUUACUGUGCUUAGUAUCUAUGCAUUAUGUUCGGAAAAACACAAAUAUUUGUAUCCUUUUUUGAUAAUAUCGAGUGUUCAUAUAAUAGUCUGCAUUGUGGUCGUACUGAUAAUAAUCGCAUUUACUGCUGCUAGCUAUGGUACCUUUAGGCAGAUUGUUGGACAUUACGCAAAAAUACGUCUUAGUGAUACAUUUAUCGUUGUGUUCGUUAUUACAUCUGUGGUUUUAUUCCUCAUUUUAUCAAUAAUGCAUUUAUGGCAAGUAAUUGUCGUUUACAGUUGCAUGAUAUUCUUUGAGGAAAAGCGUUAUCUUGAGCGUGAACAGUGUCAGCCGAUGAUUGCAAAAAGUAAUUGUGUGCAUCGGUUAGAGGAUGGUCAGCCUUAUAAAUAUCGCGACGUCCUCGCUGCUAAUCACAAAUGCUAUAAAAGUUGUGCCUCGGUGUAA